AUACAAUACUACAAAGAUUAUUUAACUUAUCUUAUUUUAUAUACAUUACGACGAGUACAACACACAAUGGAUUUGUCUAAAAUCUCAACAAUGUUAGUACUUAUUAUGUUAACUUCUGUUUUGGGACUUUGCCAAGGCCAAAGCGCCCCACAAGACUUCGUCAACACCCACAACACACCUAGGAGCCAAGUUGGGGUGAGCAACAUAGUGUGGAACACCACUCUGGCAACCUAUGCACUAAACUAUGCAAACCAAAGAAAAGGAGACUGUAAUCUGGUCCACUCUAACGGCCCUUAUGGGGAAAACUUAGCCAAAGGCAGCUCAGCAUCGUUCACGGGCAUAGUCGCGGUCAACCUGUGGGUGGCCGAGAAGCCUUACUAUGACUACUACUCAAACUCGUGCGUGAAUGGACAGCAGUGCCUCCAUUACACUCAGGUGGUCUGGACUGACUCCACUCAAGUUGGGUGCGCCAGGGUCCAGUGCACCAACGGAUGGUAUUACGUUGUGUGCAGCUACAAUCCCCCAGGCAAUUACGUGGGAGAGUACCCUUAUUAAUUACUUACUGAUUAUGAUCAUGAUGAGCUGAUAUAAUUAGGCACAUUGAUCUUUAAUAAACAAGCUAUAGUAGAAGAAAGGUUUGUAAUAAUAAGAUUGUUUUGGUUUUUCUCUUGAUAUACAAGGAAUGACCAUUAUAUAAAUAUAGGAUUAAUAUAUAUAUUUAUAAAUAUA